GCGCACGGCGCGCAGCGUGGACUUGGAGAUGUCUUGGCAGCAUUACGCACGACGACGACACGAUAAACGCGGCGAAAACCUCCUUUAGAGGAACAGGACACUUUGAAGCGGAGUCGGACUCACUUUCAACUUUUAAUUUUGGAAAUCACUUCUUUCGCAGCCUCCUCAAGACGUUUCUUCUCAUCUUUUCCCGACGGCGGAUGAAACUCGGGUUUCCCCUUCGCAGCAGCAGCAGCAGCAGCAGCGGGUCUGGAUGACUUCUCCUCUUCUCCUCGGGUCACGGUGACUUACAGAGGGAUGUAAACAGCUUGGGAAGAAAACAAACUCUACAGUGCAACAGUUUUUUUAAGAGAUCCCAAAAAGAGAGGAUGAUCCCGCCGGCCAACAUGAUUCAGGACGAAAGUGGGGGCAAAGAGGACGAACGGGACCAGAAUGAGACUCCAAAAUCCCCGACAGCGAACGCCAGCCAGCAGGAAACCAAGCUGCAGAGACUCAAACGCUCGUUGUCCUUCAAGACCAAGAGCAUCCGCAGCAAGAGCGCCGACAACUUCUUCCGAACCAGCAGCGACAACAAGACGGAGCUGCUGUCGGACGUGAGCAGCAGCACGGGCCAUCUCUGCAACAUCGGGAUGGCCCCGCCGCACACCACCAACCUCCCCAUCCCCCCGGUCCCUCCGGCCAUCCCGUCCGCUCCUCCUCCCACGUCUCGCUCCCAGUCACGCAACCCUCUGCAGGUAGACUCGGCGGGACACUGCUUCAUGGAGCACAUCUUCAAGAAGCCCACGUUCUGUGACGUCUGCAACCACAUGAUCGUAGGUACGACAGCCAAGCACGUGGUGUUCCUGGCAGGAAACACGGCCAAGCACGGCCUCCGCUGCAAAGCCUGCAAGAUGAGCCUCCACCACAAAUGUGAGAACGGAGUGGGACAGCAGCGCUGCAUGGGCAAACUGCCAAAAGGCUUUCGGCGGUACUACAGCUCUCCAUUACUGAUCCAGGAACAGUAUGGCUGCAUUAAAGAAGUGAUGCCCAUCGCUUGUGGCAAUAAGGUGGACCCUGUGUACGAGGCCUUGAGGUUUGGGACGUCGCUGGCACAGAAGGCCAAGAGGGCCAGUGGCUCCGAGUCUCCGAGCAGGAACUCGACCAGUGACUUGGACAAGGUUCCAGAGGAAGUGGUGGCUCACAGCAGCAGGCAGGAGCUGUCGAGAAAACACAGCGAUGAUGUUUUCACAGUCAUUGAGAAUGGGACAGAGCAUUACCUCCAGCAAGAGAGAAAAGCUGACGAUUUACAGUUGGAGCAGAGCCAGCUACAGAAAGACGUCCUUAAGCUCAGCACCUAUGUGGCCUUGUUCAGCUUCACUCCCCAAGACAGCCAUGACCUUGAGAUGAGAGCGGGAGACAGAAUCUUUUUGGCUGACGACACCAAUGAUGACUGGUGGAAGGGGGUAAUUGAGGACAGGAUCGGCUUCUUCCCAGCAGCCUUUGCUCAUCAGGUGCGAGAUGACGACCAAGUGUUCAGGUGUAACAGGACGUUCAUCGGCUGUAAGGAGCAAGGCCAGAUCACCCUGAAGGAAGGACAGAUCUGUGUGAGCAGUGAGGGCGAACACAGCGGCUUCAUCAGAGUUGCGAGUGGAAAGAAGAGAGGCUUCGUGCCCUGCGACGUCCUGGAAAUUAUCUGAGACGAACGCUCAGAGAGAUGAAGAGAGAGACAGAAGGGAGGCUGAGCCGCCUGGAGGUCAGAGGAGGAAACUGAACCUGCAGAAUGGCGACAAGAAACCAGUGAGGGAGUUCACCUCAUCAGAAAUUUGAAGUUUUGUCAAUGAGGACUCCACUUUGUUGCAGGUCAGAGUCUCUGUACCUUCUUCACUCCCCGUCAGCACACAGAGAGCUGCUGAGAGGACAGAUCGGAGACAGGAGACACUUUAACUGGGUUUCAUUUCAUUUAUACAGCCCACAUGUGUGUGUUUUCCCCUUAGUUUUAUUCCGCUGCAGGCUGUUUAUUUUUUUGAGCUGCCGUCUUGAUGUUUAAGCCAAAGAAAAGGAAACAAACACUUAAUACAAUGUUUAUUUUUCAAGGUUUCAGCUCAUUCAGUGGCAUUCCUCUUACAAAUAGUUUAGUUUCUCAUGCUUUUACAUUAUGUUCAAAGCAGAAGAUGAGCUUUUAAUGUGAAGUAGUUUGAAGUAGACUCUGAAAUGUCUGAUUAUCUUGGAUGACAAAAUCCUUGAAGUCAGAA